AUGUCUUCAUCGGACGACGGCCAGGCGCGCUCGCCCCUGCCUUCACCCAGCGACAACGAACUUGCGCUUGGUAGCUCACCUCCUCAGGUCGUCACCUCAUCUGACCCAUCAAUCUCUCCGCUUGGAAAGGGCUUCGGACGGCUGAGUUUGGUACCCUCCGACAACGACAGUCGUCCGUCCUACGAUCCAGACAAGGACGAAGUCGAUUCUCAGGAUGGAGACGAAAUUCCGGACGAAGUUCCCAUAUUGCUUGCCACUUCCUCAGACAAUUCUCCGCGGAAAACACAGGCAAAGUCAGCACGGAAGAAGCCGGCCUCUCUCUCUCCUGAGAAGAUUUUGCCCGGAGAUGAGUCCGAUUCAGAAGAUGACGGCGAUGCUGAAAACGACGACGCUGAAGGAGCGGCCGAAGACAAGGUCGAAGAUGAAGAUGAAGAUGAUCCCGUUGAAGAUGAGCCCGAGGAAGAUGAGCCCGAGGAAGAAGACGAAGAUGACGAAGAGGAUGAAGAGGAUGAUCGACACACGAUCGACUGGGAACAUGUGGGCUGCUCCGACGAAUGCCGACAGGAGAUUCAGCAGGCCUUCGAGGACCUCCAAGAGAAAUACACCGACCUCCGCAAAACGAACCUCGAUUACAACAAGCAGAUUCGAGAGCUCCAAGACACAGUCCGACGGCUGACUGUUGCAGACCGAGAAAAUGAAGUGAGACUGGUUGAGCAAGCUCAGCAGCUUCAAGGUGCCCAAGCUCAACAAGCCCAGGCUUUGGCCCAGACUCAAGCUCGGCGUCCCCGCCAGCGCAAUACCAAGAAGACAUGGCCGUUCCACCUGCAGCGUCAUCUAGGUGGCCACGCAGACAGGAUAUCGUACAAGGAGAUUUACAAGCUUUGUUGCAGAGAGGAGAAUAUCAGCUGCAAAAAGGAGCUCGUUCACCCAAACCUUCGCCUUCGAGGUCCCCGAUCUAGUGAGAUUGAGGGUGACAUCUCUCGAAGGUUGCUCAAUACACCUGAAGACGAUGUCGCGGCCGACCAAGCCGAUGACGAGUCACUUGACAUGGCGAGCCUGCGUGCUGGAAGCCCUUCCAACGCCUCGGCAGAGCUAUUCGUUCUUGGAAACGAUCGCAUUGGAUGUCUCUCAAGGAACCCGGGCCUGCGGAACUUCCGGUUCAAGGAUUUGCCUUUCAACAUCCAGGCCAACAUUCUUAAGUGGGUAUUCCUUCAAGAGCACAAGGUCAUUCACUGCAUCUCUCGUCUGGAUCCUUACAUGCCACCGGACGAGCCUGUUCGAACCAACGCCAAGCAAAGCGGGCUUCCGCAUCGAUUUCACAUUUCGGGUACUUCCUGCAAUAUCUCAUACGCAACUAAACCCAACGAGCAUCUCGCGCUCUUCACGGUCUGCAAGGAGUGGUACUUCAUGGGAGUCCAUGCUUUCUACGGUCUGAACACGUUUGCGUUUUCAAGCAUCGGAGAGUUCGCUGGCUUUUUCCGUGGAAUCGGUCAGGCUCGCAGAGAAAGAGUCCAGCAUGUUGAGCUGCUGUGGAUCGGUAAUCAAUUCCGCACCUUCCCGUUCGAAUUCGGAGAAAGAUCAAGCCAGCCCAAAUACACCUCAAGGAGAACCUGGGACUGCUCACUGCUGUGCGAGAUGCCGCGUCUCAAGAGUCUUACGGUCCAUAUCAACGAGACUGGUAGAGAGGUGGUGAGACGCAAGUACGAGCCCGCACGAAUCAAAGAUUACAUGGCGGCUCAAACGGCUGGACAGCCAAACUUUCGCCUCACUCGAUCUCUUCGGACUCUACAGGGUCUAGACUACAUCCAUCAGCUUCGCGGAAUGGCACUGAUUCGCUUCCUUGACUUUGAGAAGCAUCUGAAACUCGGCGGUCGUCAUCACAUUCGCGAUUGGACGUUUGGUCAAGACGUGACAAACGUCACUACGUUCCCAAAGGCCGCAGACAAAGCUGAAGCGGCGAAGUUCAAGAACCUGAAACCCGUCACGAGGGGCUUAGACGUCCAGGACAACCACUGGGAAGUGAUUGAACGACUCUACAAGUCGAGCUCCGCCUUCGACACGGACGGACAUAUUCGGCACCACAUUCAGCAUCCCCCAGUCCAGUCACCGUACGGUCUGCAGACAAUACAGGAGGACGUCGAGAUGCCAGAUGUCAGCUCCAUCAUUCCUGGACGCAAGCCUGCUGCUCGAAAGAAGGCUCUAAAGGCUGAAGAGGCUUGCUCUGACGGUACCAUGACCGAUACCGAGUCUACGCCCCGAGCCUCCACUGCUAAUGCUCGGUCAGUCACAGCGGAAUCUAUCGGUGGGAUUUGCAAUAACGGCAGCAAGGACUGCAGUGAAGACGAUGUGUCCAUGGCCGGGUCGCACCAUAGCAAUCCGAUCGACAUCGAGGAUUACCGUCCCAACAUUCCGAGACCCAGAAGCGUAGUUGACGACUUCAGGCGGGAGAGAGAGCAGUCAACUGCGAGCAGUGGACUCUUCGUUCGUCAGAAUUCCUACGACAGUCAUAGUAGGAAGCAUCUACAACCUACCAUGCGCGCGUGGUCGACAACCAGUCGUGUCCCUUCUCCCACGCCAUCUCUCGGCCGAGAGUUGACCGAGGAUCUGGGCACGAACGGCCUGUACGUUCCCACAGUUUCACCAGAAGCGCCUGCUCAGGCUUUGCCCAGGCUGGCUGCACUUACAGGAUCAUCCGCAACCAACGAGAGAGCCGGAAAGAGGACAUAUGAGCAGGACCGUGUGUCGAACGUCGGAACCUAUGGAUCGAAUAUGAGAGCAUCUCCCGUCUUUUCGCACAUGUCUUCUCAGCUUGGUUCUUCUCGCAAUCUUCCCAACAACGUCAGCUACUUCUUGCAUUCCGCCCCCAGCUUGUCUCGACAGAGCCGCAUGUCGAGUGCGGACGAGGACGACAAUCCGUUCAAGAAGCCUCGGAAGCACUAG